CCUUCCUCUCCCUUGCUACUAGCAACAAUCCGCGUCUGUUGUUCUUGAUUUGCGACUCGCGUCUGCUAACAUGUCAUGGCGCUCUUUUCAAAACGUCUGACCUGUUUUUACUGCGGUCGGCGCGCUACGCAGCCUGUCCGUGGGCGGGUGCGCAAAUUCCACUGCGAACACUGUGAGGCCGAUAACUAUUUGGACCAGAAUGGAGAUAUCACAGAUCCGCCAGCCGAGGACACGAACCGUUUCAAUCAAGGACCCGACGCCUCGAGCCCUGCCCUCGACUCGACAGACUUCGGGGGAUCCCAUUCAUUUUGUUCAAAAUGCAUUCGAAACCAGCAUUUGUUCAGAUCAUCAAUUGCUGCAUACUUUCCGCCAUCAGAUGACCCGACGGACGAAGAAUAUGAGCGUGGGUAUGCCCAGUUCAAGAAAGGCCUCGAGGAAACAUACCCGCAAGUUUGCGAUGCUUGCGGGCCCCGAGUGCUGGAGGAAAUUCGCAAGAAGGGCUACGAGGCCAAGGCAGAUCAUCUUCGUCGCAUGAUGGAGCGCAGCAGAGCCAGCAAGACUUUACGGCAGGCUAGAGAUCGCAGCUGGCAGAGCUUGCUUGUUUACGCCGGCGCGUUCGGAUACUGGACCAGUGUUGGUGGCCAAAUUGCAUGGGACGUGACGAGCGUUCUGACUAGCCGUGGUCUCUCUUUUGAUCCAGAUAUGUUUUCGGAUACUCCAGUAUCAUUGCUUUCCUGUGUGAGUCAGACAGCACGGACGGGCCGUCUUCUCAGUGAAUGCUCGUUCGACUUGGCUUCUACUGCAGGAUUUGCCCUCAUCGCGGGGCUUUUAUCUAUUUGGUGGAAUCCAAAAUUGCGCAUGAAGGUCGAGGGACGAAUUGGUAGAUUUGCCGGGUUUGCGGAAUACUACCAGGCACAACUGAUCACCCUCGUGACUCGUUGCGUGUUCUGGGAACUGCUCAAGGACCCAUCUGCAAGCGCUCUCGGGCCCAAGCUUCCCCCAGCGUUGCAUAUCUUUAUGAUCGCUUUCACGCUGUUGUCGGUUGUGAUUUCACGUCGCGUGGUCGAUUACAAUACCCAACCAUUGGUAGAUUGGUCUGAUAACUCUUGGGAGAAACCGCUGCGAAGCGGCGGAACAUCCCCGGUUACGGGACCUAGUGCUUCGAGAGAUAAUCUCACACCGAGGCCUGCGACUGGCCCGCUCGAUCAGCGAUUUCCGAUGGAGAAGCUGGCUCCUCUUUUGUCCUCGGCAAGUAAGCCGCCGGCUUUCCCUACUCCGCCCCGAGAAGUCGAUGAAAUGGAGUGGACCCCAUCAGCGCCUCAACCUGUUCUCCAGCCGAGAGCCAGCGUCUCUCAGCGAGAUAAGCCUUCUGUCUUCGAUGGCCCUUCUCCUUUCACUGGCACCCUGCCACCUGCUCCCAAGCCCCCGGCAUGGAAUCUCCGCAAUCGGUCAUCGACAAAACCUAUUGAGCAAGUUGUUCAACCAAACCCAUUCCAUCGAGAUUUAUACAAUCCCCCAAAUCAGUGGCAGCUGAAAGCCGCGAGCCCGGAACCAGUUUUCAGGCCCCCAUCAUUCUUCCCGACGAGCGAUCUCAAUACCUCCACUGGAUUGGAAACAUUGUUUGAGCGUGCCUUCGACAUUGACCCCGAAGGUCCGAAGAGGGACUGGAAGCAACCACCGCCCAAUCAGAAAUCCUACUCUCCUCCUUCAAGACAUCUUGUAUUCCAAUACCUUCGACUGGCUCUAUUGUUGGGGUCUUUGUCCGCUUGGACAUUCUCUCGGAAUCACCAGCUCUCAAUUCCCGGAAACUACAUCGAAGCUUGUGCUUUGGGUAGUGCCAGUCUCAUCGCAGGCUUUGCUCUUCUAGAAGCAGUGAAACGGCCUCUGGUACAUUGGAAUGGCAUGGAGAUCUUGGUCUACAUCACUGAGCUUGCAGCGGCUGUUCACCUUGGCGCUCAUCUGCCUCAAGGAUCUUAUGAGCGUGAAUACUUUGACCGAUAUGGCAAAUUGCUCAUUGUUUUCAUGGCUGUUCAGGAGGGUCUGGGGUUACUAGCUUCCUACAAAGGGGCAGCACCUGUCGCGGGUUCUGAACAGCACCAGGAGCACGUCCCAAUGUCUCCGCAGCCUACUUCACCGCAACCGUCAUCCCCACAGCCGUUGUCACCAAUUCAACAAGCUCUUCCUUGGUCCCCUACCCAUUCCACAUUCAGCAGCCCACCUCCAGCACCAUCGGUCACUUCCCACUCCGAAGCCCCUUCUCUUUCCUUUUCAACCACCACCGGCAGCUCCAGUUUCUCUUCGGGGUUAUCGACAGCCUUGCCACCUGCUCAGAAUUACCAAAUUGCCUCUUCUCAGAGCCACAAUCGCUUCCCAACACCGCGGAAGAACCCUCAUAGCUUCACUAUUAGUGAUCUCCGGGCGAGUGACCCCCCCUCAGAUUACGAGCAAGACUCCGAUACUGAAACCGUGGCUACCACCACUACAACCAUGACCGAUGUCACCAACCGAAAUAUUCGGUACGGUCGGUAUCCUAACUCGGAGUUUGGCUCUGCCUUUUCUCCGCGAAGGAACGAGCUUGGUCCAGGUAUCGGCGGUCUGAGUCUGGAAGAUCGCCCUGCUUCCCGGCGUGUUACUCGCAGUCAAACACAGCAAGGGCUAACAGGGCAGAGAUUCCCAGCCCGGGCUGUUAGAUGA